UUUCUUGAGAAAAUAUAACACAGUGCAACAGGUGGCACUGUUGUGAGCUCUUGACGGCAACUUCGCCUGCGUGCUCGUUCUCCUCUUCAUAAUUCCACAAGAACUUCGAAGCCCUUCAAUCAUCCGGUCAGAUUACUCGAAAAGCCGCUAUGAUUCCACGAUUCAGAGUUAAGAACACCAAAUUCCUCAUGCUAUUCACAUCGAUCAGAACUAUCACAACCACUGAUUCGCUGUUCCACCACCGCUUCUUAACUCCACUUCCGUCUAAACCCUCUCUAGAACCCCACGCCGCCGCCCGCUCCGCCGGAUUCAUCCUUUGGUUUUCUCAGAAGCGCCACAGUUGGAAAGGGGCCUCCGACUAUGAUUACAUUAGGGCUGAUGUCAAUUGUCCAAGGUGCUCCAAGCAAAUGCCUGUCAUCUUCUCCAAUCGUCCCUUGUCCAUUACGGGUCGGGAGACAGGCGUCUAUCAUGCCCUAAAUCUCUGCCCCAAUUGCAAAACUGCAUUCUAUUUUAGACCCUUCAAGUUGGUUCCAUUACAGGGUACUUUUAUUGAGAUUGGUAGGGUUAAGGGCGCCAGGGACUUGGAUAACAUUGUGGAAAAUGAACCGUGUCAACCUACGAAAGGAGAUAUUGGCGCCAAUUCUGCUGAUGAUUCUGCAUUGCCUCCACGGUGGAAAGGUAGCUGUGGCGGUGGCCAUGGUAGCUUGGGUUUGGUGGAGAGUAACGGUGUUCCGAAGGACGAGGCCAAUUCAGGAAGGCAGUUGCUAACUCCCAAGGAAAUUUCUGAGGCUCUGGACAAGUUCAUCGUUGGACAAGAAAAAGCCAAGAAGGUUGGAUUCGGGUGAUUUGAUAAUUAUCUGUGCUUCUUAUAAUCUUUUUCACAAGCAUUUUCUGCAGAUUCUACAAGGUUUUCGUGGCUUUUCUUUUAUGUUUUGGUUAGAUACUAAAAAUUUAAUUGAUAGAACCAAACUGCAAAUGAGGGACUACUAGCCGUACAAAAGCAUGGAGUUAUAAAAGGACUCCAAUAGGCAAUGAUGAAGGGAAGGGUGAUUGUAAAAAGAAUUAUUCUAACAGAGGAAUGGCUGAGGAGGUUAGAAAACGCCAAUUGUAUCCCGGAAACAAUCAUCCCUAGAGCUGGGGUGAAAACGAUACUCUUAAAGAGAACAUUGAAAAUUUCCUUGGAAGUAUGGAGAACAACAAAAUCAAGGAAAAGGAGUCCCUUGAUGAAGGUAGAAGACAUGCAACAGAAUCAGAUUCGAAGGAUGAUAGGGAAUAGGAGACAGAAAAAUGACUCACAUAACCAAAAAUCCUCCCAAAAAUGAGCACCCAAGUCGACCCCAAUUGAAAAUGUCACAUUUAGAAAAAGAAUUAAAACUAGAAGAGAUGAGAUGACCUUCCAAGGAUUCAUGUUUGUGUUUUUAGCCCCACAAAAUGAGAUCUAUUAGGACGGAAGAGCUCCAUAUUUGCUUGCAAUGAUAUGAUAGCAUAAAGUCUCAGGCUCUAGGGAAAAUGUUGCAACCACUUAGGUAGGAUGGCCUCAUCAUGAAUUCUCAAAUUAGCUAUACCCAAACUGCCUUACUCUUUUCAGCUUCAAAUCAAUUUCCUAUCUGACCAAGUGAGAAGCACGGGGUAUCUCCACACCCUCCUAAAGAAAUUCCUCAUGAUCUUCUCCAGCUUACUUUGAAUUGUAAAGGGGACCAUAAACAAUGAUUCGAAAUGGGUAGGUAUCCCACCCAACACUGAGGG